AGCCAGCCAUCGCUCCUCGUCGUCAUCAUCGGUCAUUAAUCACAAGUGGAAGGCGACCUCGAUCCAAGGCGACAAAUCUCCUUCCUUCCACCUCAACACCCAACUACACACCACCAACACACCACGCUCAUUCCAAAACACAUUCAGAUUCGUCCUCGUCUCGUUGAUUAGGAGGUCAGAGCGGCUCCUCCCUCGCUUGCCCCGCCGCUGCUGCUGCUGCUCCGCCACCACCACCCACGCCAACCCUCCAUCAUCACCCUCGUCGCCUGGCCGCAAUGAGCGUGUACGUCCCUCCCUCAUCAUCGGGGGGCAACUCAUGCUCAGGAUCAUGUGACACGCUCUACAUCCAGCAGUACAGCUAUCUCGGCAACUACCUCAACGCCCACAUGCUGUCCGUCCCUUCGCAUCGAUAUGCAUACCUCAUGUGGUUCGUGAUAGCGGGCGUCGUCCUCAUCUCUGCGGGUAUUCAUCACCUUGGGGUGGGGGACAAGACGUGGAUAGGCGCGGCGUGGACCAAGUCUGCCCCAAAAUCGAGAAUAAUAAAGUUUGGCAAAAAGCCAGAUCCAAGCGCACUCAUCUCACGGACAAGAUCCAAUGAGCCAUCACGUCAAGCCGGUGGUGAGGCGCACUCCUAUCCACCAAAGGGCGCUGCCCAGCUCGCGCCUCAACACGCGCCACCUCCGCGGCAGCGCUACGUCAUCACUCUACCCAGCAUCGGCCGCCUCUUCCUAGCCUUCUGGCUGCUUGCAGUCCCUGUGAUCCUCACUCUUGUGGGCGCAGACUACAUUCGCCCUACGGCAGGCAUGUUCGACCUCAGCGCUAGCUGGCCAAACGCUUCGGACGCGCGAUACGGCUUCUAUGGGAAGCGCGACGCCCUCGUCAAGCGCAUCGACUGGGGUCUGGGGUCCUUCUCCCCCGUAUCAACCUCGCCAGCUACCUACUCGAUCCCGUACCACACCUGGUGGACGUCAGGCGGGAGGACGGGAUUGAUGACCAAUGCCUUGACGCCGUUCGUCACGCUGCUCGCGUUGAAGCAGGUGCCCUGGGCUUUGCUCUCCACCAAGGCGCUGGGUGGACACGCCUUUGAGCGCCUCUCGUUUCUUCACAAGUGGGGUGGGCGAUUGAUCUGGCUAUUCGCCAUCGCCCACACCGUCACGUGGAGCGUGCAGCUUUCCAAGGACCAGCAAUUUGGUACCUCUCUCUGGGGCUUCGUCUUCAUCUGGCCCAAGUUCCGAUGGGCGUUCGUCUCGAUGGGCUUCCUCACCCUCCUCGUCCUCCUCUCCCUCGGCCCCAUCCGCCGCAACUAUUACGAAUUCUUCUACAUUGGCCACAUUGUCUGCGCCAUCGGUUUCAUGGCAGCUGCAGCCGCUCAUCAUCCUCCGCUGGCUGGAUGGAUGAUUGCUGCGCUGGCGUGGUGGGGAGCAGAAAGGUUGACGCGAGCGAUCAAGGUGGCAUACGUGAACGGCAUCGGGUUUGCCGGGAGGAAGCCCGAGCAGGUGUUGGUGAGCAGCGGUGCGCCGCAGCCGGCGAAAGAGCAGCACCAGUUCCACGCUGCGAUGCCGUCGAUGCAUUCGAUGCAGCCGCCGCGUCGUCACCAGCAAGAAAGCAUCGGCGGGCACACUUCGUCCUCCGCCACGCUCUACGACGGCAGUCCAGCCCUGAAGCCCAUGCAUCACCAAGGCGGGCGAUACAAUGGCAACGGCAAGCCCUCUUUCUUGGACACCGACCCGCGCGAGAGGCAGCCGGCGCCUUAUACCAACGACGAAGAAUGGGAGCUCGACGAGAAUGGUGACAAGGUUCGCAGGCGACCAAGCCAGCGCUACGGCCCCGUCAGCGACCUACUUAAGGAGUAUGCGUCCGCUGGAGCGAGGGGUAGCGCUAUGUCUGGCAUCGAGGAGGACGUGCCACUCGCCGGCUCAUCGAGGUCAGGCUCAGUCACACCUCAUGAUGAUCCGGAUAGGUGGGAGGCGGGGCAGGACUUGGGAUCGGCGAAUCAUGAGGAUGCGUGGCGCGGCCGUGCGUAUGACAAUCGCUCGAGCCAGUCUCACACGCUGGACGGUAUGGGCCCACUCAGCUCUGCAGACCACUACUCAUCGAUGCCGCAGCCGCAGCCGCAAGCGCAGCCACAGCAGCAGCCCUACCAGCAUCAGCAGCUGGCAUCGCGCCCAAUGACAGCUCGCUCUCGCGACUGGAGCCCCUCAGGUGGCAGUGUUGAGCGCGAUCCACGUCCAGCUCUUCCAGCAGAUGUAGCUGCCCUCAUCAAGCCCGGAUAUGCCUUCUGCCAAGUCCUUCCCGGCAAGACGCUCCGUCUCACCCUGCGCACCCCGAAUCGUAUGUCCUGGCAACCAGGGCAAUGGGUCUAUCUCAAUGUACCCGCAGUCAAGGGCUGGCAGUCGCACCCCUUUACAAUUGCCUCGGCGUACGACGCUGCGAUGCCGAUUGUCUCGACGAAUGGGGAUCGCGAUCUGGAAAAGGGCCUAAAGAAGGAGCGCAGGAAGCGAGGAGAGGAGAGGACGAUGGUGUUGCUCCUGCGUGCGAGGAAGGGGUUCACGCUCGAUCUCUGGGAGUAUGUGAGACGUCACCGACACAGUCAAGUCGUCGCGGCCGAGGAGCAAGGCCUGAACGGCAGUAUUGCCAACACGACUGGCGUUCACCUUCGCGCCAUCGUCGACGGCGCGUUCGGCUCAACAAAGCGCGUCCGCUGGGGCAUCCACUCUUCGAUCGUCAUCGUAUGCGGUGGCUCAGGCAUCUCCUUUGGCAUGUCGCUCCUCGAACACCUCUGCGCCUGCCUGACGCAGCGCAACGUUUAUGGAGCGAGCAAGCGCGGCGGCAAGGACUUCGAGGUGCAGCGCGUGCGCUUUGUCUGGAUCUUGAGGGAGUACUCACACCUACAGUGGGUCAGCUCGGCCUUGAGGAGAUGCAUCGAGAUGGUCCCACCUGAGCAGCUCCAGGUCGAUCUGUAUGUUACGCACAUCAAUAAUCAGGUGGCGCUUGGUGCGAGGAUGGCAGGGCACGGCGCCCGACCGACACUGGCUUCCCGGCCCUCCUCCUUCAUGGGCAUGAACACCGCUCCCGCCUCUCGCCCUACGACGGCUGAGGAAUGGCAGACCACCGACCCUGGGCAAGGCUGGCAAACCAGUGGCGGCGACGUCGUUGCACCCGCUUCGGGCCCACAACGCCUCAUGGAAGGAGGGGAGGCCGACGAUCUUGACAUUGGCUUCAACGACUUGACAGAGUUCGACGGUGAAGACCAAGCAGGGCUUCCUAGUGCUGCAGAGCAGGCUAUCAACUCGCGCAUUCAGCAGGAAGGGAAGCUCAGGCGUGCCAACACGAGGAAGGCGACGUUGAAGCGUAGCAAGAAGCAGGCGGGCGAGAAGCAAGGCCAGCCGCAGCAGGGCACACAAGAGGACGCUAUGCGCGUAGCGGCUCAGCGUGCCAUGUUCGAUGGGCAGAUUCAAGCCACGAUCCCAACUAGCGACCGCAGCUACGAGCCAUCCCCUCAUCGCCCACCCAUGUCUCGUCCGGGCACAGCCAACGCUCUUGGCGUGCCUGGGAGCAGUGCAGGGCUCAGUGGUGCUUCGACACCCCUCUCGUGGGAGGCGGAGAACGCACGCCCAGAUCAGCACUGGCGCCAGCCAUCCUACGCAGGGAGCGUCUUUGCCCAGUCCUCCCUCAAUCACAGCUCGGCCAACCUCAUCUCCUCCAGCCACGACCCCUCCUCUUACUCCAACGAGCACGGUGCGCCAGCCGGGCCUGAUCGCAGCGAGUAUGCAGGCUUGGACGAUCCCAUCGACCUAGAUGCCGAGGAAGACCUCGAUCUGCGCCUCAUUGCCGAGCUUGCCCAGCCUGGCCAUCCGCGUCUGGACCGUCUGAUCGCAAACGAGGUGCAGAGAGCGAGCGGGAGGGUCAUGGUUGCUUCUUGUGGUCCGGAGAGCUUGAGCGCGAUUCUGAGGAGGAUCGUCGCGAAGCACAUUGAUCCCAGCAUGGCCAGAGGGAGCAAGACUGGCAAGGGCAUCGUGAAUUUGGCCACGGAGAGCUUCGAGUGGGGCGGGUCGUAGGUGCUGCCACGCUCUCACGUGGUAUCUCCGGACUUCUCGACUUGUUUUGCACGACCUAAUCUCCUCCCCUCUGUAUCAUCACCGCGCCUCAUCGCUCCUGCAGUACUGGCGCGAGCUCAUUCGUAGCCGGCGCCAUUGUUCUUGUUCAUAUCACCACUUGCCAUCUGCUACUCUAAGUUACUACGGGCUCGCUCGAGCCACAGGAAUGGACAUUGCCUCUUUGCCCAGCUGCGAGAGCG